AUGUCCGCCGUAACGCGCCUGGGCCUCAUAGGCGGCGUCCUCACCACCUCCGCCGCCCUCGCCGGCCUCUCCACCCUCCCCGCCGUCCGCGACACCCUCACCAAACAUCUCGGCCCCAACGGCGUCAAGCACACCUGGCGCCUCCUCGCCCUCCUCGUCGCGCUACUAAAUCUCAAAAAUCUGCCAGGCUUCUGGCACAUCCGCGUGCUCCGCGGCAUCAUCUACCAACUCUACUUCCAGCCGCACCCGCAGCAGCCGAAACACCUCUUCGCCCCGAUGAUCACGAGCAGCUACAACACGCCGUACGACACCGACUACAACUUCCACAAAUCGAACAGCACUUAUUUCGCGGAUCUCGAUGUCGCGCGCGCGCAUUAUAUGGGGUGCAUUAUCCGCACGGGUCUUGCGAGGCUGAAUAAAGGCGAUGAGCAGGGAUUGCCGAAGGAUACCACCGAGGCGGGCGGGAAGUACUUUGUCGCGCUGGGGAGUAUUAGCUGCUUCUUCCACAAGCAGAUCGAGCCGUUGCAGCGCUUUGAGAUUUUCACGCGAGUGCUGAGCUGGGAUCGCAAGUGGCUUUACGUCGUGUCGCAUAUUGUGAAGCACGGCGCUGUGCGGCCGGAGAGCUACGCGCUGCAGCCUUGGAGGAAGAGGAAGGCGCGGCGGCAAGGGAAGGGCGGAGAGCAAGAAGGUGAUGCGCAGGAUCUUUCAAAGGUCAUUUUUGCUACGAGCGUGGCGCGAUAUGUGUUCAAGAAGGGGAGGAAGACGAUCAACCCGGAGGUUGUGCUUGAGAGGUCACGACUGCUUCCUCCGCGGCCCGAUGGCGUGGAUCUGCCUCCGCGGACAGAGGGGACUCCGAGCGAUGCAACACCCGCACCUGCUGAGACGCCGUCCGCGGACGAUUCCUGGACAUGGGAUGAUAUGGAAAAGGAGCGGCUUCGCGGGCUGAAAAUUGCCACCCACUUUGAUGCUUUGAGCGCUGCACAGCACGAAUUGAGAGCGAGUGAGGCCCUUGGACAGUACGGCGAUUACUGGUAA